AUGAUAUUGCUACUCGUAGCACUGAUUGCUCCAACCCGAUGCGCACUCGCUCCACCAGAAACUAGGUCGUUAUCAAAAUGUCUCGGUGCCAUAAGUGCCGCUUACUUCCAACCUGGUGAUCUUACAUUGAUCCAAGGAGGUAACGAUGACGUACUGAGUGAAUUGUUUCGUCAUGGUGCGAUAGUCAAUGGUGGUGGUGGUGGUUUUAAAUACAGACGAGUUGAUAAUUAUGUCAUGGAAGUGGAGUUUUCGUAUAAAAUCAGGAACCGCUUGGAGAAAGUUGAGAUGUACCGAACAUGGAACCCUCACGCGAGGUUUGUGGUUUUUUCAACGCGCAGCCACGGGCAUGCGGACCAAUUUGCUCAGAAAGUAGCUAAACAGCUACGAAAGGCACGAGUUGUGAACUACGCGAUAGUGUUGGCGGAUGAGAACUCGCACUUGGUGCACGCUUGGUUCGCCAAUAAUUCCACCGGGACACGACGGGUUGAACCAUGUACGUUGGGAGUAUUCCAAAACGAAACCGAUUUGUUCUCGGAGAACCUCUCGCGGAAUUUACGCGGGCGCAAGCUCAAAAUUUGUCCGAUUGUCUGGCCUCCCUACGUGCUACCGCCAGUCGGCGGUGAAUUUAGGGACGGGUUGGAGGUGAAGCUCGUCGAAAUGAUGGGGCAAGUGGCGAACUUCACCGUCCAGUACCUACCGUCGAAUAACUCUCAGGAUUGGGGCUUUAUAUCCGAAAACGGCGCCGCGUUGGGUUCGCUCUCGUUUUUGAAAAGCGGCCAGUGUGACGCGGCAAUCGGCUCCAUGGCCCCAUCCGAAGAUCGCAACACAUUCUUUGAUUACGCUAUUUACAGCUUUCCAGAGUCGCUAACCUGGUGCGUGCCGCACGCUAGAGAUGCGCACCAGUGGGAGAAAGUCUGCAUGGUGCUACCUUUAUGGGUGACCGUUGCUACGUACACAAUUUGCAUAAUCGUGGGUGUACUGAUAUGGGGUUUCUCCCACGUUGAAGAAGGCGAAGCAAGGAACUACCGUAGUCUGGUGGAAAGUCUGCAGGUGUCAUUUUCGAUUCUGAACAACCUGUCGGUACGCGCACCUCCCAGAUUGUUUAAAGCCAGGGCUCUCUUCAUAACUUGGGUUCUUUUCGCUAUGCACAUGGCAGCAGUCUACCAAAGUUUCCUCAUCAGCGUACUAACCAAGCCGAUAUACGAGCAAAAGAUACGAAACUUGUCCGAUAUUCUUGACCACAACCUGGACAUUUGGAUCUUGCCGAAUUUUAAAAGGUACUUUACCGCCCAAAACGAUGGUACCAACGUCAAGGUUCGCGAGAUCUGGAGGACGUGCGACGAAAUCGACCGCUGUCUGUACAAUACGGUACUAACGCAACGGUCCGCCACGUGCACGCCCCGUCAUUUCAUCGAGUACGCCGUGAAUCACUACGUCACCGAAAACGGGGAACCGCUCCUCUACUGUUUCGACCAUAGCAUUGUGACCUACCCCUUGGAGAUGCUGAUGACGCGCGGUUUCCCGUUCACCGACUACUUUCGCGAGCUGAUCCAACGUAUAGCGUCGGCCGGAUUCGUACCGUACUGGGAGAGGCGCAUUUUCGAAAAUCAACUGAGAUCGGCCAGCAAUGACGUGGAUCAUUCGAGCGGCAGCGGGAUGGGGAUGGAACAUCUCGCGCUUGUUUUCGGAAUGACGAUUUUGGGACACUUUUGCGCACUUCUUGUGUUCUUUUUAGAGCUGUACAUUUUUAGGCGUACAUAG